AUGGCCUGUGGUCCCUCUCGUGCUCAAGUCCUGGUCCCCAUCACUCCUGGCACCGUGGAGACCUGCUGCCUGGGACCUGCCAUUGCGAUCACCGAGCAGCCGGUCUCCAUCUCCGUCCCAGUGGGAUACUCCUUCACCCUGCGGUGCAGAGCCAAGGGACGCACUUCGUUGCAGUACCAGUGGUUUUGUCAGCACCAGUCCGUCUGCCGCCAAAUUCCUGGUGCCACCAAGCAAGACUUGCCUGUCACUGCACAGCAGACCCAACUCUACAUCUGCAGAAUCAAUGACCUCUACAAAAAUGCCAUCUUCUCCGACUGGGUGAAGGUAGAGGUCCAUCAGUGUGUCGCUAGAGGACUGCCCCCUCAGCGCUGGAGAGGAGAACCGGUCAUCGUCGUCAACCCCACCGAGCAGAGGGUGGAGGUGGGGAAGCCACUACAGCUGCAGUGUGCUGCCAUGGGAGUCCCAGCCCCCAGCUACCAGUGGUACCGGAAUGGGAACCUGCUGGAACACCAGAGCAAAAAAAAACUCUGGAUCAGCCACGCAAAGGCCAGUGACUCCGGCACGUACCUCUGCUGUGCCUCCAAUAGCCAUGGAGAGCACUGGACCAACGCCGUGGAUAUUCACAUAGGUACAUGCCACUCUGAAAAGUUUUUUGCUACAGGCAAGAUAGCGCUUUUGGUAGGCAACAACCGCUACCAGCAUCAUCCCAACCUGAUGGCUCCUGUCACGGAUGUGUUUGAGCUGAGUCUGCUUCUGGAGCAGCUGGGCUUCCAGGUUGUCUCCCUUCUGGACCUGAACAAGGCUGAGAUGGUGACAGCUGUCAGUCGGUUCCUGCAGCUCCUGGGGAAGGGAGUCUAUGCUAUAUUCUACUAUGCUGGUCAUGGAUAUGAACAUUCGGGGAGGAACUACAUGGUCCCUGUUGAUGCUCCACAACCCUAUGCCGCUGAGAACUGCAUCAGCGUGCAGAGGAUCCUCCAGAAGAUGCAGCAGCAGCAGACGGCCCUGAACCUCAUCCUGCUGGACACCUGCAGGAAAUGGUACAACCCACAGUGUGCCCUCUCCCAGGUACAGCCGCUGGAGCCCUGGGGCAAUACCGUUUACGGCUACGCCACGAGCGAAGAUGCAGAAGCCUAUGAGUUGCAGGAUGGGGAGUUCAGCUCUGGGAUCUUCAUGAAAUAUCUGAAGAAACAUAUUCUACAGGAGAAGAAGGUUACACACAUGCUGGAGGAUGUGUUAGAAGACAUCGGCCGGGAUCCGUUGGUCACUGGGAAGCAGGUGAUGGAGAUCAAGCACACGCUGAAGGAAGCCCGGUCCCUGACGGACCCGAUCUGCCCCUCAGGAGCAGCUGCUGAGCACUGGGGACAUGGCCACGAGCCGCUGAGCAAAACAGUGACCUUUCCCUGCGGGGUGCAGGUGGAGCUCUGCUUCCACCGGCUCUUCUCCAACGUGAUGCGCGUGUGUGCCAAGCUGCGGCCCCCUCCAGCCCACAUCGCGGACGCUCGUCUCCUGCUCUGCCAGCCCCCUGAGAUGGGCAAUGUGGCUGUCCUGAAAGAGAGCUGCCUGGACCAAGUGGAGUCUCUGCUCACCUCUGUGUACAAGCGGGAGGAGCUAGACUGCGUCUUCCAGCUCUCCGGCCUACAGAAAAUUCAGACAGACGUGAUCCUGCAGCUGGAUUUGCAUUACACCCAGCUGAUCACAAAGCAGAGGACUUGUGAAAGCCUGAAAACAACUCUUCAGAAAUCUCUGCUAGGGCAGUUUUUCAGCCAGAGGAAUUAUUCCCAGCCAAAGUACCAGAGAACUCCUGCCUGUGCCGGCAGUGUGUGCCUCCGGGAUGCAUCAGCGCUGAACAUGGACCCAAAGGGGCAAGCAUCUCUGAGGACAGGUUCUGGCCACAGCUUGCCCAGCAGCAACACCUCCAACUUCAGCAGCGAGCCGGAGGAGAAUGACGAGAGUGACCUGAGCGAGCUCUGCUUGGCACUGCUCCAGGCGGGCCCAGGGCAGGACUACCCCUGA